CAUACAUUACACGUGUAUGUUGGUCAGACAAACCGAAACUUCUAUUCAAAUGUUGUGACAGUAGUUGGGCAGUGGACUAGCUUGAGGUACCGCGCUCUGAGGUUUGAUAAUAUUAUUACAAUUGAUAUUGUUUAUCAGAAGGAUUUGAGAGCAACGAGAGUAGCCUUUUGAUUGCAUAACCUCACGUACGGGCUGUGGUCAGAAAAAACAACGCGGAAUAUAUUCCCUUAUUUAUACAAAAAAAAACUAAACUAUAAGGGGGAAAGAAAAACGAAGAACGGAUCUCUCUAUUGAUUACGCAUGCCAUAAAAUGUGGAACAAUAUUGCGAGUUGGGUCGUUUCUACUUGCACAAGCGUGAACCCAUUGGAAUAAUCCAACAAACAAAACUGAGUAUCGUCCAACACACGGUGGAUACAACUAUUCCAUGUAUCAGGAUGCAACUACACUGUGUUUGCCUUUUGGCAAUUAUCCAAUUAUCCUGUCAGUUGUCCACUCCAGAAGCGGAUACAUACAAAGCUGCUGUUGUUGAAUUCUCUCCACGCGUUUCGAAUAACAAUGAUUCCCCAAUCGAUGAAAACAGUAAAAGAUAUGUGAGCUUCAUCCAACAGGCUGCCGCUUCGGAAGUUGAUAUAAUAGUAUUCCCUGAGGAUGGUAUGACAACUAUCGAUUUACCAGAGCGAGAAAAGAUGGACGCUUGGUCAACUUUGAUUCCACUUAAUUACAAUCCCUGUAACCAGCACCACAUUGCUGUCCACGAGGCACUAAAGAGAAUAUCGUGUGCAGCGAGGGAGGGUAAAAUGUACGUUGUCAUCAAUAUUGCUGAAAAAUUGCCGUGCGAUGGUGAACGAUGUCCUGAGGAUGGAAAAUUUCUCUUCAACUGCCAAGCCAUUUUCGAUCGUCAAGGAAAAAUAAUAGCAAAAUAUCGGAAAACUCAUCUGUUCAAGGAGCCCCAAUUCGACAUACUUCAAACUCCAGAAAUCAUUACAUUUGACACAGACUUUAACGUUACAUUUGGAACCUUCAUUUGCUUCGACAUGUUGUUCAAAGAACCCGCCCUCAACCUCACGAGGAUUCACCACGUAACCGACAUCGUCUACUCAACGGCGUGGUUCUCCGAACUGCCCUUCUUCACUGCGAUCCAAUCGCAGUCGGAAUGGGCCUAUUCCGAGAACGUUAAUUUCCUAGCCUCAGGCUACCACAAACCUCAGUUGGCAAGUUUCGGGAGUGGAAUAUACUUAGGAAAAAAAGGGAUAGCAAAAGCGACAAUCGGUGAAAUGGGCGAUGAGAUCCUCAUCGCUGAUGUGCCAAAGAAGAAUCGAAAACUGCUAACAGAAAAUAUCAAAGGGGCAUUGAGGUGGAAAUACCAAGGAAAAAGUGCGGAACAUAUCCAUGAUGAAUUCAGAAGAAAACGGUCUGAACAAACGGAAUUGGAAGGCGAACGUGAUUCCAAUUUACCAAGCGACUUCAACGUCUGGUAAGACCCUGGCCUUCCGACCUAUGAAACACGUCCUAUGAACUCAAAAAUGAAGCAGGAGAAACUCUGCCAGUAUGACUUCUGUUGUGACUUCACCAUCGAGACAUCGAAUAUCGAUGCAAACUCGAAAUACAAACUGAUGGUGGUGAAUAGUCAACGGACAUUUGUCAAUUACACCACUAUCGGAUAUCAGGCUUGUGCGAUUGUUCUUUGUAGGAAUGAGUCAGUCAACACCUGCGGACUCCGAACGAAGUCGGAAACUGUCUUCUCACUGGUGAGAAUCACCGCCACUUUUGUUAAUCGAAAUAAUCUUAUGAUAAUGCCGAACUCAGUUAACUCAUCGCUAUUGCCCCUCGAUUGGACGUACAAUGAGAAAAUCGAGGAGGAUACGGUACAUAUCGAGGCUUUUCUCACUGCACCUGCCAAGAAUGUCCAGACACUCGGUCUUUUCGCGAGAAAAUUCGAGAGGGAUGUACUUACACAUCCGAGAGUACGGAGAAAUACCACGGUGUCAUCAGCCGUGAGCAUCCAAAUUUGGAUUCUAAUUUUUCUUGUAGUAACUUCCGUAACUUAUCUCCUCUACAAAAAAUACAGAUCCAAAUCUCAAGAUCAAACUAAUGGUUAUAAAAUACCACACAAAUCAUUUCAGCAGUGAAAUGAUUUAUGGAAUUUUGGGCGAAAGAAACUAGUUAUAAACUGUCAUAGUUAAAUAUUUUCUAUGAAUAAAAAACUGAAAAAAUUA